AUGAUUAUCAGGACAUACGAAACUUUCUCUACGACACCUUAUUUUGAUGACCGCGGUCCGCAUGGAUACGCGACUCCGAUAACGGAACGAGUAAAUGUGAGCACGGCUCAACCUCACUCAAGACCCAUAGUCUCAUACUACUCUCCGAAAGGAGUUGGCGCUCAGCAUUAUGGAGAGCGACAUCCGAUGAAGCCUCACAGGCUUACUCUGACAAAUGCACUUGUGUUCGGGUACGGACUCGACAAGCAAAUACAUCAUAUAUACGACCCGCGCCCUGCAACCCAGGCGGAACUCGAGGCAUAUCACGACCGUGAUUAUGUCGAAUUUCUUGGCCGUGUAACGCCUCAGAACCAAGGAGAGAUGAAACAUCUUAUUGACCAAUUCAACUGUGUCGAAGAUUGUCCGAUAUUCGCGGAUAUGUAUGACUUCUGCAAACUGUAUGCUGGGGCGUCCUUGGCGGCCGCCCGGAAGCUUUGCGCGGGCACUACUGACAUCGCAGUCAACUGGUCAGGAGGCUUGCAUCAUGCGAAGAAGGCUGAGGCCAGCGGUUUUUGUUAUGUUAAUGACAUCGUCCUUGCGAUCCUCGAAUUGCUUCGUUUCCACCCUCGUGUCCUUUACAUCGACAUCGACAUUCAUCAUGGAGACGGUGUGGAAUUUGCCUUUUACAACUCAAAUCGGGUCAUGACGCUGUCCUUCCACAAGUACACCGGUGACUUUUUCCCGGGCACAGGGAAGCUGGACGACAACGGCGCUGGUCUCGGAAAGCACUUCUGCCUCAAUGUGCCGCUGCAGGACGGCAUCGACGACGACAUGUACCUCACGACCUUCAAGACGGUCGUCGACGACACCGUUACCGCCUUCCGCCCGUCUGCAAUAGUCUUACAAUGCGGUGCCGACUCUCUAGGCUGUGACCGGCUGGGUGCAUUCAACCUAUCGAUUGCUGCGCACGGCGAGUGCGUCAACUUUGUGCGCAAGUACGGUGUGCCGCUGCUCGUGGUCGGCGGCGGCGGGUACACGAUCAAGAACGUGAGCCGGUGCUGGACGUACGAGACCGCGGUGCUCGUUGGCGCGUCGAUCCCGGACAGCCUGCCCGUCACAAUCUACGACUCCUUCUUCCGCGAGAGCCAGUGGAAGCUGCACCCGCCCCUCACGGGCCGCGUCGAGAACCAGAACACGCCCGCGUCCCUGCAGCGCAUCGCGCUCGCCGUCCGGAACAAGCUGCGCUACCUCCAGGGCGCACCGAGUGUCGCGCUGCAGGAGAUUCCGCCGAGCCUCGGCGCAUGGCUCGAGGACGAGGACCGUACGCGGGAAGAGAAGGUCGAGGAGCGGAGCACGGCGCUCGCGGGCGAGCAGCGCGAGGACCCGCACAAGGCGGCCAACGAGUUCUUCGACAACGACAAUGACGGCGAUGCAGAGGCCGAUGUCGACGGCGACCCGGAGCUGGACAGUGCGCCUGCGUCACGGCGCAAUGCCUCUGCUCGCAAAACACGAGGCCGUACCCGUAACGGACGAACGCGGGCCCGGGGCAAGACCGCCUCUACAGUGGGCGAAGGGGAAGACGAUGCAGACGACGCAGAGCCUGCCCCCGCUCGUCGAGCUAACCGUCGCGGUAAAGGGCGGGGCAAGACAAGAACCAAGGCUAGAGCGCAGCUGAAGGAGAAGGAAGAGGCGUCAGAGACAGAAGCAGAUCCGGCGGCUGCGGACGCGCCUACACCAAUGGAUACGGGCGAUGGCAUACCUGUCAGUGCCUCCGCUGAGGGGGACCUCGACGUAUCAUAG